AUGGAUCCUGGAUGGCAACCCUAUCAGGAUCCCCUGAUGGGUCGUCCCGCACAGUUCAAUACCGGAUUGGCUGCCCAUCCACAGCAAGCCUCGAAGUACGGUCAGCCACCACAGUCACAGCCCCCCGUCGGCUUCACCUACGAAACAUUUCAAACUCCUGGCACCACCUCCAAGGCUCCAUCCACUGGUCCAAACUCCAAACCGGUGUCUAUGGCGUCGUCUCCUUCCGCCACGCCACGUAGUCGGGAUUAUGUCACCGAUGCCGACACCACCAUGGAGGACGCAGACCCCUACAACCGCGCCAAGUACCCAUCCAGACCGAACCAUCAUAGUCGCGCCUCUUCCCAAUUCUUGACCCAGACCGAAGAGUCCUCGGCCGCCCGCAGGUAUUCGCCGAUGAACGCUCUGUCGCCGCCGAUGUCAUACCCAACCAGCCCCGGAAAGCAGGGCUCCUACUUCUCGCCCUCAGGCCAGUCGCGACGGUCGCCAGGCCGAACUGGAGACUACUCCUCUCCGCCGCAAGGAUACCAGUCGCCGCCUUCAAACCGCGCCCCUCGACUUCCUCCCCUCCAGGCGUCCGAUCUCAGCCCCGAUCAGUACUAUCCAUCCUCUGCGGGAUCUCACCUCGGCAGUGCCUUUGCGCCUGAAAGUCGAUCUCCACGAUCUGGCUCCAUACCAUCUCAAGUCCCGGGCCGAGGUCCGGUCCCCAAGUUCCAGAAGAUCAAGUCGGUGCAAGAUCUCCAACCCCGGAUUCAUGCCCAGCCGGCAUAUCGGCGGGCAAACCCAGAGGGUGGUUUCAUCAGUCCACUUCAUGCCUUGACUAGUCACCUUCCUGCGACCUAUCGCAUUUGCAAUCCGAACUUCAAUUACGAGUCAUCUAGGAACCCGCGACGAGUUUUGACCAAGCCUAGCAAGGGUACCAAGAACGAUGGAUAUGACAACGAGGACAGUGACUAUAUUCUCUAUGUUAACGAUAUUCUUGGCAGUGAGGAGGCCGGCCACAAGAAUCGCUACUUGAUCCUCGAUGUAUUGGGUCAGGGUACAUUCGGACAGGUAGUGAAAUGUCAGAAUCUGAAAACCCAAGAGGUCGUGGCAGUCAAGGUUAUCAAAAACAAGACCGCAUACUUCAACCAAAGCAUGAUGGAAGUUUCCGUCUUGGAUCUGCUAAAUAGCAAAUACGACAAGAACGACGACCAUCAUCUCCUUCGUUUGAAGGACACCUUCAUCCACCGCCAGCAUCUUUGUCUUGCAUUUGAAUUACUCAGCGUUAAUCUUUACGAGCUCAUCAAGCAGAACCAGUUCCGAGGAUUGAGCACAACCCUUGUUCGUGUCUUUGCUCAGCAGUUGUUAAAUGCCCUCAGUCUCUUGAACAAAGCUCAUUUGAUCCACUGCGAUCUCAAACCAGAGAAUAUUCUCUUGAAGAAGUCAGUUCAAAGUACCCCCUAUGAGUUCCAACCUGUUACUGAUGCCGAUAUAACCGCUAGUCUCGAAAGUCCAAUCAUCAAGGUCAUUGAUUUCGGCUCUGCGUGCGAUGAGCGCCAGACUGUCUACACAUACAUUCAAUCCCGGUUUUACCGUUCGCCGGAAGUUUUGCUCGGCCUGCCGUAUUCAUCUGCAAUCGACAUGUGGUCUUUAGGAUGCAUUGUUGUUGAGCUGUUCUUGGGAUUGCCUCUGUUCCCUGGAUCUUCCGAAUAUAACCAAGUUUGCCGGAUUGUCGAGAUGAUGGGUUUGCCUCCUACAUGGAUGUUGGAGAUGGGUAAACAAUCGGGCGAAUUCUUCGAGAAAACACAAGAUGAAUUUGGGCGAAAAACCUACCGUCUCAAGAGUCUAGAGCAGUACUCGCGAGAGCACAAUACCAAGGAACAACCCAGCAAGAAGUACUUCUCUGCGUCGACGUUGGAAGAGAUCAUUCGAAGCUACCCCAUGCCGCGGAAGAACAUGAAGCAGAAUGAGGUUGAGCGAGAGUUGAACAAUCGCGUUGCCUUCAUUGACUUCGUGCGCGGUCUUCUGUCAAUCAAUCCUCUUGAGCGAUGGUCACCCCAGCAGGCCAAGCUGCACCCUUUCAUCACCCAGCAGAAGUUUACCGGUCCAUUUGUGCCGCCAAUGAACUUGAAGUACUCAACUAUUAACAAGACUGUUGCUCCUGGCGUUCAGCAGCAGCAACAAGCAGAAGCCACGAGCAAACAGAGAGCCGCUCAAGUAGCGCAGGCACAGUCUGUGCAAGCACAACCUGCGUACCCGAUGCAAAUGAACCCAUACCAGCCGCAUACCCCGACCCAUGCCCAGCCUCCCCCGCCUCCCCCUAUGUACAACGGAAUGUAUCAGCAGCAGGCCGCAGCGGCGCCACCGCCUUACCCCACACAGCCUCCAGGGUAUACUAAUCAUCAGAUGGGUAUGAUGCCAGUUCCAGCUCCGGGCCAAGUUCCACAGCCUCAGUAUGGCUCAGGACAGAGUCUGUACGCUCAAGCGACGACAAGAGCUGGUCGCCAACGUGCAUCAACUAUGGACCCACAAGGGGGAGGUAUUCCUCCGACGAUUCAGCGUGUUGCAAGCCACCUGGAUCCAAAUGCUCCGAUCCGCUUGCAACCUAGCCCUGCCUACUAUCCUCCUCCCCCUGAUGGGUACGUGGACGCCAAUGCCCAAAGACGCCGCGGUAGCCGAACCGGAGGCAGCAGCAAUGGCAAUAGCAGCAGUAAUGGAAAUCAACGAAACCGAGACUUCAUUCGCACCCUUGAGGACGGGGUUUUGGGUGAAGGGUAUAUGGGCCAAAACCAGUGGCACUAA